AUGUUUACAUCUUCACCGUCAUCAUCUUCCUCGAGAAGUUUCCGCCAAGUCGUCAAGGUGAUUGCUGACUUUGACAAAGAAGUAUCAGAGAUUUUGGAACAUCGCUUGUUGCACCUUGAAAUCGAUGAUCUGAUUCAAUUGACCGAAGAACGAUCAAGUGACAAACAUGUUGACUAUUGGAAAAUCCAUGUAAAAAAGGGACCCGAAUGGAAAUUGCACUAUUUUCUUAAAGAGGGUGAAUGGUUUGAAACGGUCGAACACUUGCUAAACUUUUAUCAAAAUGCGCCUUUACCAAAAGAGAUCGGGCAAUCGAAUAUUUUGACUUUACCGGUUCAAGUGUCGACAUGGAAUCAAGAGAUGCGACCGGAUCUCGGUCAACUGUGGAGAAUCAAAUAUGAACACUUGAGCAUCAUGAAGAAGGAAAAUGAAGGACAUUAUGGAGAAGUCUUUUGUGGCCAAUGGAACCAGAGUCUCGUUGCAAUCAAAAAGCCAAAAGUGCGCUCGUAUCCGCUCACCGAAAAAGAGAAGUCAAGCUUUGCGAGAGAAGCUCGACACCUUAAAUCGCUCAAUCAUCCGAAUAUUGUUCUCUUUUAUGGGAUUUCUGAAUAUAAUGACAUUCCUUGUAUGGUGACUGAAUUUCUGGAAAACGGUGACUUGAGAGCGUUUAUGAAGUCGCGUCAAGAGAUGGGCAUUUACGAGAUAUGGAGUGUGCUUAUUCAGAUAGCAAGUGGAAUGGAUUAUCUCGAAACUCGACCAGUGCCCAUAAUCCAUCGAGACCUUGCUGCAAGGAAUGUUUUGAUUGGUUCGAUUGUUGAUGGAAAUCCGUUAGUAAAGAUCAGUGAUUUUGGAUUAGCGAGAGAACUCUUGGAUAAGAAUUACUAUCGUUCAAAUGAAUGUCCAUUUCAAUGGUGCCCACCUGAGACCCUGGACACGGGAUAUUUCUCUCGUGGAUCCGACAUGUGGUCAUUCGGAGUGAUUUGUUCUGGAAUGAAAUAUCUUCAUUCUCGUGGUAUUUUACAUGGACAUUUAUCGGCUGCGAAUUGCUUGAUGGGCGAUCCCGAUCUUGCACCGUUGGUGCAGAUUAGUGACUAUCACAGAUCGUACGAGCCAAUCGGUUCAGCAAAAGAUUUUCAGCUACGUUGGUGCUCAAUUGAGACAAUUAAAACAAAGGUGAAAACGUUUCAAAACGAUAUUUGGUCUUUUGGAGUAGUCAUCUGGGAGGUUUUCUCAUAUGGAGCGACUCCAUAUAAAGGCAUACAAGUUAAUGCUUUGCUAUCUUCUUUGAAGGGUGGCUCUCGGCUGGAAAGGCCGUCUAAAUGCCCAAAGGAUAUUUACGAAAGAAUUAUGAUGAAAUGUUUCAAAGAGAAACCAUUGACACGCCCCGAUUUCGGAAAUUUGGAACUAAUGUUAAUGGAGAGUCGAAAGAACUGGCAGCACAUUGUUGAUGGGAAAGGUGCAAUCUCGAUGCGGCUCUUUCUGGUUCUCUUCAUCUUGCUCAUCGUUUGCGACCCAGGAGUUGUGGCGGAACUGCGUGUCGAAUCGGGUCAUGCCCGAAAAGCCACACUUCUAGCA